CGCACACAUAUAUACACGCCCUCCACCCCCAUCGCUGCAGUGUCUCAACUGCCUUGGAGCAAACAAGAGAGGAUAUAGAACGCAGCAGACGUUAAUAAGACAGAAAUAGAGGGGAGACAGAGAGAGAUAGAGGAGAAAUGUAAGUGAGUGUGUGUGAAUAUGAGGAAGAUAUGAAGAUGAAACAGCAGGACUAAAGGUGGAUUGCACAGAGCCUUUCUCUCCCUGCAAGGGCUUGUCUGCAGUAUCCUUUGUAAAUGGAUGCUGCCUUGUGAACACGACUUGGAUGCCUUCAGUUGCUGGGGAGAUAUCACACCACAGAAGAAGCUGAAAAUAUUUUAUCAGGAAGAUUAAGCUAAACCGACCUAUAUCUAACUGAGGGUGGAUGUUGCAGAAGCCAAACGAGGGCAACGUACCACGAGAGCCAUGUGGGAGGAGAGUAAGGCAGUUCUGCAAUUCGCACGCAUCGAGCCCUAACAAUUUGUCCAGUGCUAUUCGCUCAACGUUCUCCAGCACUGUUUCCUAGCUGUUCCUCAGGGGCAGCCCCUGCUAUGCACCCCAGCUCUGUUGGCUUCAGCAGGCAGUCCGACCUCAGUGCCAGGCGCUGUGUGGGCAUCCCAAAAGCCUGGGUUCUGACCACACUGGACUUACAGACAGCCCCUGAACAAAAAGAAUCAAAUCCUCCUGAGCCGCUCCUCUGUGUGGUGGCUUUCCUGUCUAGUGUUAAAUUGGGCUGUUGUGAAGACUUGUCUGCCUCUUCACCAGCAAGUUCUUAGCGUUAGUGAAAACCCUCUCCAACUCGUCCACCAGAUCCUUUUAGGUCACCACUUCGUUAUAAUUUGCUUUCCCAUCAAGCAGCAGCACGACUUCCUUUGUGCUCACCACGUGGUGGAGGACCAUGGGAUGCCGUCAGAGCUCGGAGGAGAAGGAAGCGGCGCGGCGCUCCCGGCGAAUCGACCGCCACCUGCGCUCAGAGAGUCAGCGGCAGCGGCGUGAGAUCAAGCUCCUGUUGCUGGGCACCAGCAACUCGGGCAAGAGCACCAUUGUCAAGCAGAUGAAGAUCAUCCACAGUGGAGGCUUCAACCUGGAUGCCUGCAAGGAGUACAAGCCCCUAAUCUUGUACAAUGCCAUCGACUCGCUCACACGCAUCAUCCGUGCCCUCACUACACUCAAGAUCGACUUUAACAAUGCUGAUCGCGCCUACGACGCCGUGCAGCUCUUCGCCCUCACAGGACCGGCUGAGAGCAAAGGGGAGAUCACUCUAGAGCUGCAGGGGGUCAUGAAACGUCUGUGGGGGGACUCAGGGGUACAGGAGUGCUUUCAGCGAUCCAAUGAGUACCACUUAGAGGACAACACUGCCUACUACCUGAAUGACCUGGACCGCAUCUCUGCACUCGAGUUCAUCCCAACCGUCGAGGACAUCCUGCGGUCCCGCGACAUGACCACUGGCAUUGUGGAGAACAAGUUCACCUUCAAGGAGCUUACCUUCAAGAUGGUGGAUGUGGGUGGGCAGCGUUCGGAGAGAAAGAAGUGGAUCCACUGCUUCGAGGGCGUGACUGCAAUCAUUUUCUGUGUCGAGCUAAGUGGCUAUGACCUCAAACUUUACGAGGACAACCAGACGAGCCGCAUGGCCGAGAGCUUGCGCCUGUUCGACUCCAUCUGCAACAACAACUGGUUCACCAACACGUCGCUCAUCCUCUUCCUCAACAAGAAGGACCUGCUGGCAGAGAAGAUCAAACGCAUUCCCCUGACAGUGUGCUUCCCUGACUACAAAGGUCAGAACACCUAUGAGGAGGCGGCUGUCUACGUGCAGCGGCAGUUUGAGGACCUCAACCGCAACAAGGAGACCAAGGAGAUCUAUUCGCACUUCACCUGUGCCACUGACACCAGCAACAUCCAGUUUGUGUUUGACGCUGUGACGGACGUGAUCAUCCAGAACAAUCUCAAGUACAUUGGGCUGUGCUAGGACCUGAUGCCGGGUGGGGGGGUGGUGGUAGUGGUUGUGGUGUCCGGGGGGGUAAAAGCGGGCAACUUGGCAGGAGUUGGCACGCCAUAAGGCUGGAUAAACAAAAGGCAUGCCUGCCAGUUUAUCUCUUGGAAGAGGUGCAACAGAGACCUGCAGAGGAGAGGAGGUAGAGAUGGACAGGGCUGGACCAUGCUGUAGAUUAAUGCGUUUCAGUUGAAACAAAAGAGCUGAUGGGCCACGGUCAAGAUGGGAUUUUUACCCAAUGUGUUUGCACUGAAUAUGAGUAUGCAGAGACACCCAGAAACACACACACACAUACACAAAUGCACACACAUCCUUAUGUUUGCUCACACACAAGAUCUUUGGAUCAACAGUCAAGCACUUGUUUGACAAGGCAUCACUGGAAACGUUAGACAGCGACCCCUACCUGCCUGCCAAACCUGAGGUAGUAGGUCUGUACUGCUGGUUCUUUUCGGUGACUUUUAGUUUAUUUGCCAGUCAAUUAAUGCUGCUUUACAAGAAGAAAUUUGACAAAAUCAAUGUUCUCUUUUGGAUAUUCACCCUAAUAAUGGUAACCAGUGAGUGCACCUGAUGAGACGUGGGGAGAGCCUGUACUUCUGAGAAAAAAAAAAUAUAUAUAUAUGUCAGUAGACAUGAUGUCACAGGGUUUCUGCCUAAAAAGGAAACUGCCACAGUGUAAAGCUGAAGUGAAAUACGUUUUCUACAAAUUAUUUGUGUUUGCCCCCUGGUCGACUCUCUAAUGUUGUCCUUUCCCCCCUCUUUCUUUUAUCGUUUUUUGUGCUUUAAAAAAAAAAAAAGAACAUGUCUCUAAAACCUGCCUUUUAUAGCAAGUCACUGACUGAUAAUACCAGGAGAGUGUUAUGCUCGGUAGAGUCAAAAGUAUUCUUUAUGAUCAUUCCAGUUUCCAGCAAGAGACAACAAAAACAGUGCCAAGAUCAAUUUGUAAAUAAAAACAAGGUCCCACCCAUUACAUUAAUUUUUGUUUUGUUUUUAUGGACAAAUACAUUAAAACAUGCAUGAUUUUGUUACUUUGGGAUACUAAUAUAUUUUAUUUGGGAUUAUGUUCCUCUUUUCUUAGGUUUAAAUAAUAUAUUCCCAAAUAUAUAUAUAUAUAUAAAUAUAUAUAUAAAAGUCAAACACUGUGUACGAUUGUACAGUUGUCAGAGAGGAAUCUAUUGAAAAGAGUUAUAUCAAUAUAAUAACGGUAAAUAUGAUGUAAUGAUGAUGAAAAAGAUGACUGAUGAUGAUGAUGAUAGUGGUGAUUACAAUCACAUUAAUGUCAAGGAAAAUCUCACUACACAGCUAGCAUGAGAGGAGUGGAUCAAAGGAGAACAAGACUGUAGAAAAUAUGAAAACAAAGAAGCAAAUCUUGAAAGUUCAAUCUUCCUUGCAUUAUCUAAGUGAAAAUUGUCAAACAGCCAGUCAGUAUGAUGUGUAAAUAUACUGUAAGGUACACUCUUUGUUCAAACAAAUGAAAAAUAAAGGUUGAGUUGUGAUACUGUGAGAAAGAGAGAGCGAGAGAAAGAGAAGGAGGAACACCCGACUCCACUCCUCCUCUUACCCUUUCUUUUCAGUUUAGAGGGUGGUGAGCAAACAACUCAGCUAAGGGCUUAAGGCUUGACUUUACGUGAUGUCCACUUCAACAAAAGACAAAACUAUUCAAAAAGAAGUAUAAAGAGGACAAUAACUAUGAAUAAAACAACUUAUGCAAAUUUC